GGGAUGCAGCCGGGGCCGCGCCCCGCGCUGUGAGCCCCCGACGCCCGCCCUCGGGUCCGGACGCGCGGCGGAUGCGCCCCCGCCUCCCUGGGAACCAUGGGGGUCCUGGCGGGGCUCGGGCUCGUGUUCUUCUCGGCAGUGUGCGUGCAGCAAGGGCUGUGUUCCCAAGCCAAAUUCACCGAGUUCCCACGGAACGUGACGGCCACAGAGGGGCAGAACGUGGAGAUGUCCUGCGCCUUUCAGAGUGGCUCAGCCUCCGUCUACCUAGAGAUCCAGUGGUGGUUCCUGCGGGGACCUGGGGACGCGGUGCCCGAGGGCGGCCCGCAGGCGGAGCUCCUGCCUGACAGGGACCCGGACCUGGAUGGUACCAAGAUCAGCACAGUGAAGGUCCAGGGCAAUGACAUCUCCCACAAGCUGCAGAUCUCCAAAGUGAGGAAGAAGGACGAAGGUCUCUACGAGUGCCGGGUGACGGACGCCAGUUACGGGGAGCUGCAGGAGCACAAAGCCCAGGCCUACCUGAAAGUCGACCUCAGCAGCCACGCCAGGAGGAUGCAGGCCUUCGAAGCCUCGCCCAUGUGGCUGCAGGACGCGAAGCCUCGCAGGAACGCGUCCGCAGCCCUCCCCAGCCUGGUGCACAGCUUGGCCAGCCAGCGCGCACACUCCACCUCCAGCCCGCAGGCCGAGGCCAGGAUCCCCAAGCAGAGUCCACAAUCAGGGGCUGGCCAAGGCAUCGCAUCACGGCUCUUACUGUGGAUGCCACUGAGUUCCUCCCAAACGGCCCACUACCAGCGCAGGAAGCCAGCAGGAGCCUGGUCGGCAGGACAGAAACCGUCAUCUGACCGCGCCCUUCCGGGGCAGGGACACGGUCGUCAAGGCUGCGAGUGAGCAAGGAGGCCUGUCUCAAGGAGUGAUCACUGGAAGGUUUUUUUUCCACCUUUUUCCUGGAUUUUUUUCCUCUUUUCCCGAUCCCAGCUCUGGAUCCACAGUGGGGAGCCCUGCUCGCGGCCAGUCCCUGUCCGUCGUGGGAGGUCUCUGUGACUACACUUUGAGUGCUGUAUGUUUCGAUGUAUUUUAAUUCAUUUGGCAAUUCUUGUACAUGCAGACCUCACGAAUUCUGUAAAUUGCUUAUAGUACAUGUGCUAUAACUUCAAAGUAGACAGACUCUGAGCCUCAUGCGAGCCAAUUCUUAUCAUUCUGUAUACAGAUAUAUACGUACGGAUAUCUCUGUGUUGGGCCACCAACCAACUUCUUUUGACAAAGCGUUUGCUUUUCAUCGUAACCCAUGUGUGCUGUGUACCUCGUAGUGGGGCCUUCAGCUUCGCAGCUUGGCAGCCUCAGAUGGUCUCUGUUGUCCUCUGCUUACUACUGAAAGUACAUGUUCAGAACUCUGCUCGUCCCUGAUAAAUGGAUUAAUUUUGUUGUGUGUAUGCUAUGUUGGAAUUUGCCAUGUUCCUUUACAUCUGGUGUUCGCUGAUGUCAGAGGGCUCUCCUGGGGGAGAACACGCUGGCAGUCUUGUGCCUGUCAGCGCUAGAAAGUCUGCCUCCAGGCCGAUGUGGGAGGGGAGUCGGAGCCCUCGGUGCCUGCGUUCAUAGGAAAACCUUUCUUGCUAUGGCUAAAAUAUGCUGCUUCCUUUGACCUGUGUGGAUUUUUGUAGCUUUGCCAUUCUGUUAUUUGCUGCUAAUUAUAUUUUAAUGUCUCCUAAUUAAAAAUUAAAAUUUGGUUGUUGGCUAAAUACAGUAUGCAAAUGAUGGCUGCAGAUCUCCUCCCGAAGAUGUUCAUUCAGUGUCACGAGGUGGCAAAUUAGGACUGCAGCGUCUCACCCUGUUUCUGGCUUUAUGAUCAUUCAGGCUAUUUUAUGUGGAACCUGUGUGUUACUCUGGCCGAGAAAGACAGAAGUAUUCGUGUGUCGUGAGUACACUGAGGGGGCCCGGAGGGGGCAGCUGGCUCGCUGUCCUUCCAGAGAGCGCUCUGCUUCCUUUCUGCGAGAAGCCGAGCGCUGGCCCGCACGGGCAUCCUCCGGGCCUGCGCCUGGCGGGGGUGGAGGCCUCCCUGGCGCAGAGGCAGAUGCGCUGGCUGCUGCCACUCGCUUGUAGCGGAGUGCAUAUUUUCAUAAUAUUCUUGACAUUCUCUUCUGAGAAAGAAUGUUUCAUGCUGCAUUUAUUUCUUGCCAUUUUUCUUGUUCAUUUGAUUUAUUGUUUUGGUCUAAUGAGAAAAAUAAAUAAAGGUUUUGAUUGCGCUAUUUUAUUAACCUAGGAAUGUAUUUUCUUUCAAAGAUUAAUACCUUUAAAUGCCUAGUAUAGUAAGAUAACUGUCAUCCUCAACUGUCUCGGCUCAAAGGAUCGAGUACGUUAAAGCAUCAGAAUUCUGCCUGGAUUCAGUCCAGCUGGGAAAAUGUGCCCUGUCGCAGGCGUCCACUCGAGCUCAGGAGGUGAGGGCCUCCGUGCUGAGUGGACGGACUGGCACCUCAGUCGGCAUUUCACCGGGACAGGGCUGGAGGCGGAAGCAGAAGAGCACUCACGAGACUCACUGUGCCGGUGCCCGGACAAUGCCUCCUGCUGGCCAGCGUGCUGCCCGGUGCAAGCCGCUCUGCGAGCAGACACAGCAUGCCGUGUGUCCGCGCAAGCUCAGAGAAAUGGCGUGGAGGCGUACGUGCGAGAAUGGAAGUGGUGACACAUGAAGGAGAGCAUCUAGGUUUGCGCUUGAUGUUCUGGCCCUGGAGUGGUGACUGUAUGUUAUGACUAUGGGAAUGA